AUGACUGACUCGACCCCAUUGUCCGUCGCUGGCGUCGCGGCUCUGAGAGCCCAGGGCACUCCUGUGCCGUUGGGCGUUGCGCCCUCUACCAGCAGUGAUAUGUUUAAGAGUGCGCAUUGCUAUACGAAGCCAAAGGCUAAGCGGUGGGAUCACAUUCUCUCAGUCGAAGCCAAGUCCCGCAAGGUCUCGACAUUGAAAGGAGCGGCAAAGUAUCUCAAGAACCCCGGUCUGAUCUCUCUUGGUGGUGGACUACCCUCGCCUGAAUACUUCCCCAUCGAGCAAAUCAGCGCCAAGUUCCCAACGCCGCCGGGGUUCUCGCCGGAGGAGACUCGUGAGUCGGGGACGGUUAUGACGGCUUCGAAGGGUGAUGUGAAGAAUGGAAACAGUCUUUAUGACCUUGAGGUUGCCCUGAACUAUGGACAGGCUACUGGUGCUCCUCAAUUGCUUCGAUUCGUGACGGAACACACCGAGAUUAUUCACAACCCCCCAUAUGCGGACUGGCAAUGCUGCCUCAACGCUGGUAGCACUUAUGGCUGGGAUACUGCUCUUCGUCUGCUCACCGAGAGAGGAGACUACAUCUUGAUGGAAGAGUACACUUUCUCCAGCGCCGCGGAAACGGCCCUCCCUCUGGGUGUGAACCUUGCGCCCCUCAAGAUGGACGAGCAAGGUCUUCUCCCCGAAUCUAUGGACGAAGUCCUCAGCAACUGGGACGAAGCUGCUCGCGGCGCCCGCAAGCCUUACGUGCUCUACACCAUCGCCACUGGCCAGAACCCUACUGGCGCUACUCAGUCCGGAGAACGCCGCAAGGCCAUCUACAAGGUCGCGCAGAAGCACGACGUCUAUAUCGUCGAAGAUGAACCCUACUAUUUCCUGCAGAUGCAGCCCUACACGGGCGCUGAUGGCCCGACUCCCCCACCGCCCGCCAGCCAUGACGAGUUCAUCAAGUCGCUCAUUCCGUCAUAUCUGAGCAUGGAUGUGGACGGACGUGUUCUCCGUCUCGAGUCGUUCUCCAAGGUCGUCACUCCCGGCUCGCGAGUUGGCUGGGCUGUCGGCUGCGAGCAGAUCAUUGAGCGGUUCCAACGUAACUGCGAGGUCUCUUCUCAGCAUCCUAGCGGCAUCGCCCAGAUCGUCCUCUUCAAGCUCUUGGAUGAGCACUGGGGCCACGCCGGAUACCUGGAUUGGCUGAUCAACAUGCGCAUGCAAUACACCAACCGCCGCAACAUGCUCGUCGGCGCCUGCGAAAAGUCCCUCCCCACAGAAAUCGCCCACUGGGUUGCCCCCGCCGCAGGCAUGUUCCACUGGAUCGAAGUCGACUGGAAGAAACACCCCGGCCUUGCAUCCGGCAAGACCCGCGACGCGAUCGAGGAGGACAUUUUCCAGGCUGCUAUUCAGAACGGUGUGCUUGUUUCGCGGGGUAGCUGGUUCACGGCUGACAAGACCACGCCGGAGGAGAAGAUGUUCUUCCGGGCUACUUUUGCGGCGGCUAGUGCGGACCAGAUUGAGGAGGCUAUUAAGCGGUUUGGGGAUGCGUUGAGGGUGCAGUUUGGUCUUUCGUAG